AUGGCCGAGCAGCCGACACAUGAAGAAAUGUUGUUAGAACAACAGCAGAACCUCAUGGAGCAGCCGCCGAUGGAGCACCAUCUCCAUUUGUCUCCGAUCGAUAAGGAAACUGAUGAGGCACUGAAUACCGACCAGCCGCCGGCUCAGGAAGUUCCGGUGAGCGAGAGAGACAAUUCAAUUUGUUUAAUUGACAUUAGAAAACUGACAGGGGAAAUUCAAAACUUUUGUAAACAAAGUAAAUAUUAUGAAUUUUUAAUAGCUUAUGAAAAAUAACUGUAUUUUCUCUACUUUUUUUCACUAAUUAUCUAAUCAUUGCAGUUCCCGCUCAGAGACAUGCAAGUCGCCGAACAAAUGAAGAGAAUGAUUGUCGACCUGCAGCGCAUCUGGCUCACAGAAUACCAUAAUUCUCGCGAGAAAGCGCUCGUGGAGCUCACCGAGAAGCUUCAUCAGGAGUUCCUGGCCGAUCAGCAGAAAAUCCGAGCGGAGCUGCUCGGCCAGUUCAAAGACGAACUCGAGCAGACAAGAACCGAUUUGGAGAUGAAAUAUCGUGAGAAUCUGAAGCAGGAGAGUGCGAAGCUCGUCGAGAAGCACAAGCGGGAGCUCGCUGCGUCCAAGAAAAAGCAGUGGUGCUGGUCGUGCGAGAAUGAGGUGAGAGAUUUGCAUUGCAUUCAAAAGUCUGGCCACGUCCCUCACGAACUGUAUUUUGUAGGCGAUCUACCACUGCUGCUGGAACACGGCCUACUGCUCGGUCGAAUGCCAGCAGGGACACUGGCAGACUCACCGCAAAUUCUGCCGCCGAAAGAAGGGAAACAAUGCUCCGGGAGCCGGCGCCGUCAAUCUCCCCGCCCAAUAA